AAAAAGUAAAAAAGCAAAAAAAAAAGGCAUCCGCCAUAACCGCAGGACCUCGAAAUCUUCAACCCUCACCACCGCUCCCUUCUCACUCACUGUAAGAAAAAUCCACAAUUCCUCGUCAACCCCGAAAGCCUAAAAGGAAGAAAAAACAGUUAGCAGCCAGCCCCCAUUUCCAAAUUCCAAUCCCAUUCUGCAAUAACAGUAACCGCCGUAGCCAAAACUCCAUUAAAAUUAAAAAUUAAAAAUAAAUAAAUAUGCAGCAGCAGCAAGAUCCGAACGCGAAGCAGCAGCAGGCGUUCAAUUCGGCAAUGCGGCCGGCUCACCACCGGCGGGCGCAUUCGGAGGUGAACUUCCGGCUGCCGGAGGAUCUAGAUCUGGUCGGAGACCCGUUCGAUGCGCCGGCGGGGAGCUUCGAGGAGAUGGGAUCGGAGGACGAUCUGUUCUCCACUUACAUGGACAUCGAGAAGCUCAGCGGCGCCGCUGCCGGAUCUGGAAUCGCCGACGCCGCCGCCGCCGCCGCCGUUUUUGACAACGGCUCAGCCGACGUCGAGGCCACGCCGCGGCCGAGGCACAGGCACAGCAAUUCCGUCGACGGCUCCAGCCUCGCCAUGAAUGAGCGGAGCAUUGAAGCUAAGAAAGCCAUGGCGCCGGAUAAGUUAGCCGAGCUCUGGACCAUUGAUCCCAAGCGCGCCAAAAGAAUUUUGGCGAACCGACAAUCAGCUGCUCGAUCAAAGGAGAGAAAGGCUCGGUAUAUAUCCGAGUUAGAAAGAAAAGUUCAGACCCUUCAAACUGAGGCGACGACUCUCUCCGCACAACUCACACUCUUUCAGAGAGAUACGACGGGACUGAGCAACGAGAACACAGAGCUCAAGCUUCGGUUACAAGCCAUGGAGCAGCAAGCCCAGCUUCGCGACGCGCUGAACGAAGCCCUAAAGCAAGAAGUUGAGCGGCUGAGGCUCGCCACCGGAGAAAUGUCGACGAACUCCGAUACGUUCAACUUGGCCAUGCAGCACAUUCCCUACAGCCAGUCCGCCGCCUUCUUCGCCCCUCCCCAACCGACUCAAAACGAUAACAUGCAGAUGCCGCAAUUCCACCCAAUUUCAAGCCACCAGAUGCUCUCGCCUGCCGCCGCCGCUGGUAGCGGCGGUGGUGGCCAUGUCCGGGUUCCUUCCGACCAGCUUCAGCAUGGAUUCCAAGGGCUUGACAUCGGAAGCCGGAACUCGCAUCCGGUGAAAUCUGAGGGCCCGUCGAUCUCGGCGAGUGAAAGCAGCAGCACCUUCUGAUUUCAGGUUCUUUUUUUUUUUUAGUUUUUUCUUUUCUUUGUAAUUUUUUGUCGAUUCCUUCGAUUCGAUUUGUUUUUAACUGUCUAUAGACUGACACCGUGCGCGCGUCGUCGUGUUGAUUAACAUCCGGGGAUUCGUUACAGUUCGUCAUUUUUUCAUUUUUUUUCUGUUUUUGUUGUCGUUGUCGUCGUGCUGCUAAGGUCCUUAGGUCACUGUCGCCGGCCUUGUUCGUGUUCUUGAUUGAAUUAUUUAAUUAUUCCAUUUCUAUGUGACUAUCUUUCAUUCGUGCCGCCGGUGUUCUUGGUAUGGUAUUGACUGGUGCUUCACUGGUUCCUCUGUGAAGCUCUUUGACAUAUUUUCUUGUUUGUUAAACUUCAAAUCUUCAUUUUUAUUUUCAUGGCUGCUGAUUAACUUUUGGUCUGGUUUGGUCUUCUGUUGUGUGUAUUCAUUGUAGUAUGAUGUUAUGUAAUUGUAAUUGUAAUUUUAAUUUUAA